UACAAAGCAAAGUUGGCUACGCCCCAUAUAUUAACAACUAAUACUACAAAAUCACUAAUAUUAAAGUCACUGCCAAAUUAUUCGUUUUAAGUAAGCCACGAUGGACGGAGACCAGAUCCGCAGAAGCAGCAGUGAUCGCGACUUGGAAUACAAUCGCUGUCGGCGUAAUGGGGUCCACUAUGCCACCAUUGCAGAGUUUCUGGCGAGCCUCAAUACCAAUGAUACCACAUUGGGAUCGGCUGAGGGACGCAGCAGCCUGAGCCUAGAGGAUUACCUGCAGAUCGUACGAGGCGGGCCGGAAAAACAGUCUGGAGAUGGGGAUAAAGCCAUCGGAAGGAUCAAGAUUAGAAAGACACCGGUCCAGGACAUUAGCUCACAAAUGCAGUCGGAUUCGAAGAACUCCUCCGAAUCCAAGCUAAUAUCGCAGUUCACCGAGAAAAUAUGGAUAUGAAAUUAAAUGGUUCUUAACAUGAUCACCAUUCGUACAGAUUUUAAACGUAAAUACAUAUGUUCACCAGGAGUGUGUUAAUAAAAAAAUGUA